CCCCCAGAUGUCCAGAUUUCUCGGGUGCCAGGGAAAAAGCCCAGCUCUAUGCUUUUCCUUUAUGCGACCUGCAGAAAACGGCCCAGAACCCCCGGGGCUGCAGAGGUCAUGCUCAAAGGUGCCUGUCAGGGGCGUGGAUGUGGAAUAUCCAGUGGCGCCAUCCGAGUGGCCCUCAGACAGGACAGCAGUGCGAGGACAGUCCCGGAGACAGUGACCCUGGACCACCGGUCCGGCUGCGGGUGCACGGACGCCUCCUCCCGGGGGAGGCCUUGGACCUUGCGUCCCGCCCCCCUGCCCUGCGCUCCGCCCCCUGCGCUGAGAAUCCACCGAUCGAGCCGCUCUGUUCCGCCCCGGGCGCUGGUGUCCCGCCCAUUGUGCUGCGGCUCCGCCAAUCGGGUCCCUCUGUUCCGCCCCCUGCGCUGCGCUCUGCCCCUCGGCCCCGCCGACCCGCCCCACGUGCGCGCCAGACCCUGGGACCCCCGAAAGGUGGAGAACGCGGCUCCCGCACCAUGUCGCUGGAGGCGAUCCGCUACUCGCGGGGCUCCCUGCAGAUUCUCGACCAGCUGCUGCUGCCUCAGCAGACCCGCUACGAGGUGGUGGGCUCCGUGCGCCAGGCCUGGGAGGCCAUCCGCACCAUGAAGGUGCGCGGCGCCCCGGCCAUCGCCCUCGUGGGCUGCCUCAGCCUCGCCGUGGAGCUGCAAGCGGGCGCCGGGGGCCCGGGGCUCGCCGCGCUCGUGGCCUUCGUGCGGGAAGCGCUGAGCUUCCUGGUCACCGCACGUCCGACCGCGGUCAACAUGGCCCGCGCCGCCCGCGACCUGACUGCCGCCGCCACGCAGGAGGCCGAGCGGGAGGGCGCCACGGAAGCGGCGGUCCGGGAGAGAGUGAUCCGCUUCGCUGAGGACAUGCUGGAAAAAGACCUCAGGGACAAUCAGAACAUCGGGGACCUGGGAGCCCGCCACCUCCUGGAGCGGGCGGCCCCAGACGGUCGAAAGGUGGUAGUGCUCACCCACUGUAACACGGGGGCGCUGGCCACUGCCGGCUACGGCACCGCCCUGGGUGUGAUCCGUUCUCUGCACCGCCUGGGCCGCCUGGAGCACGCGUUUUGCACGGAGACACGGCCAUACAAUCAGGGCGCCCGCCUGACGGCCUUUGAGCUAGUGUACGAGCACAUUCCUGCCACGCUCAUUGCAGACAGCAUGGCGGCUGCCGCCAUGGCCCAGCGGGGUGUGUCAGCUGUGGUGGUGGGAGCUGACCGUGUGGUCGCCAAUGGGGACACGGCCAACAAGGUGGGCACCUACCAGCUGGCCAUCGCCGCCAAGCACCACAGCAUCCCCUUCUACGUGGCUGCCCCCAGCUCCUCAUGUGACCUUCAUCUGCACACGGGCCAGGACAUCGUCAUUGAGGAGCGCCCGGGACAGGAGCUGACUGAGGUGCAGGGAAUUCGAAUCGCGGCGCCUGGAAUAGGGGUCUGGAACCCCGCCUUUGACGUCACCCCGCACGACCUCAUCACUGGCGGCAUCAUCACAGAGUUGGGGGUCUUUGCCCCUGAGGAUCUUCGGGCUGCCCUCAGCGCUGCUGGCUCCUGAGGUCGUGUCAUCGCUCCUAAGAAGGCGCGCGUGGUCCAGCAGCAAAAGCUCAAGAAAGACCUGGAGGUGGGGAUCCGGAAGAAGAUCGAGCAUGAGCUGACGAUGAAGGCCAGCUCCAGCCUACCCAAGAAGCUGGCA